AUGAAGUAUCUUUCAGCCCUGCAGCUACUUGCUGCGGUAGCAGUACCUGUCCGAGCGGCCUUCUCCUGGAGCUCUGUUAAAAUCGGAGGCGGGGGAGGUUUCGUGCCGGGGAUCUCUUUCCACCCCAAGACGAAAGGGCUGGCGUACGCGAGGACAGAUAUCGGUGGCCUUUACAGGCUCAAUGCUGAUGAGUCCUGGACAGCCAUCACAGACAGCAUAACCACGGAUGCAAGUUGGAACCGAUGGGGUGUUGAUGCUCUGGCCCUGGAUCCUCAAGAUGACACUAAAGUCUACGUCGCAUUGGGCAUGUACACCAACAGCUGGGACCCAAAUAACGGCGUCAUCGCCCGGAGCUCGGACAGAGGUGCCACAUGGAGCAUAACGAACCUAUCGUUUAAAUUCGGAGGAAACAUGCCCGGGAGAGGCAUGGGUGAACGUCUGGCAGUUGACCCGGCCAACUCGAAGAUCAUCUACUUCGGCGCGCGCAGCGGUAACGGCCUCUGGAAGUCGACGGAUGGAGGUGCGACUUUCACCAAGGUCUCCUCCUUCACCGCUACGGGCAACUAUAUUGUCGACCCCAGCGACGCCAAUGGAUACAACAGCGACAUCCAGGGCAUCGCAUUUGUCACCUUCGACUCCACAUCUGCGGCCAAGAUACAGCCGGCGGAGAAGAAUCUGUACAUCACCUACUCUGACGGCACUGGGCCAUACGAUGGAACCAAUGGCGGCGUGUACCGCUUUAGCUUGGCCAACAACACCUGGGCCAACAUCACACCCGUCUCGGGCUUGAACCUCUACUUUGGCUUCGGCGGCCUGGGCUUGGACUUGCUCAAGCCGGGAACGCUGGUGGUUGCAGCACUCAACUCAUGGUACCCUGAGGCUCAGCUGUUCCGUUCCACCGACUCCGGCGCGACUUGGUCAGUCCUGUGGGAGUGGACAAACUACCCAGCCAUGAACCGCUACUACAGUAUUUCCACACCGCUGGCCCCAUGGAUUUACAAGAGUUUCAUCUCUAGGGCGGAUGCGGAGCAACUCGGUUGGAUGAUCGAGUCGUUGGAGAUCGACCCCUUUGACAGCAACCACUGGCUGUAUGGCACUGGCCUCACGGUGUAUGGCGGUCAUGAUUUGACAAAGUGGGACACAACACACAACAUCAGCAUCCAGUCUCUGGCGGAUGGAAUUGAAGAAUUCUCUGUCCAGAAUGUCGUGUCUGCGCCAGGCGGGAGCGAGCUCCUGGUAGCUGUGGGAGAUGACAACGGGUACACUUUCAAGAGCGCAAACGACCUGAAGACUAGUCCCGCAGCCACAUGGGAGAAUCCUUUCUGGUCGACCUCGCCCGACGUUGAUUACGCUGGUAACAAGCCUGCCAACGUUGUUCGCAUUGGAAACGCAGCCGGAUCGCAGCAAGUCGCGAUCAGCAGCGACGGCGGCGCAAGUUGGAACAUCAACUACGGCAGCAGCACAACAGAUUACGGCGGCCUCGUAGCUUACAGCGCCGACGCUGAUACCAUUGUCUGGUCGAGCUCGACCUCGGGUGUCCUCCGCUCCCAGAACCAGGGCAGCUUCGCGGCCGUGACGGGUCUCGCUUCAGGCGCAGUUAUUGCGAGCGACAAGCGCAACAAUACUGUGUUCUACGGGGGCGCAUCAGGCGUAUUUUACGUGUCCACCAACGCCGGAACAUCGUUCAGCAAGGCUGGAGCUCUGGGCAGCGCAACCUCAGUUGUCGACAUUGCGCCACACCCGACCGUUGCAGGAACAGCCUAUGUCUCCACUGACAUUGGAAUCUUCAAGUCUACCAACUAUGGUGCUGCCUUCACCCAGAUAUCGACUGCUCUCACUUCAACUCAGAAGAUCUCCCUCGGACUCGGCUCAGGAACAGCCUGGAACCUCUACGCCUUCGGCAACGGCCCAGCAGGGAACAGGCUGUACGCGUCCGCAGACGACGGCAAGACCUGGACGGACAUCCAAGGAACCCAGGGCUUCGGCUCCAUCAGCAGCUGCAAGCUCGCAGGCAGCGCGAACAAGGCCGGGCAGGUCUACGUGGGCACCAACGGGCGCGGGGUCUUCUAUGCUUCGGGGACGCACGGCGACUUCCAGGUCCUCGACGAGCUCCUCCAACAGUGUCAGGCCAACCACAUCCUCAACGAGUUCCACUAG